AAGCACCCUGCCAGACAUGGAGAGGCAUUGAAGCGCGCUGCGGGUCUCGCACUAGCACACUGCACUGCUACAAGCAUCGCUGCAGUCUCGCACUACUGGGCACUGCAGUGCAAGCAUGGCUUGCAAGCCCUGUGCAGUACUGCUGCUGCUGGCUCACGCCGCAGCACUGCAGCCUCCAUCCUGGUCCGCCCUCUCCAAGACUCUACCCUCAGCUGCCAGGGACGAACCAACGAUCAUUGACGCGGUAAAUCACCGGCAAAAGCGGCCGCCGCUUUCUGAAGACACCGUGGUUUUAUAUCGAGAGCGCAAUGGGUGGUGUCCCUACUCCGAACGCGUGUGGCUCGGGCUCGAGACAAAAAACGUGGCGUACGAAACGGUCCUGAUCGACAACACGGGCGGCGCGCGGCCGAGCUGGUUCGAAAGCACCACACCAAGGAUUCGCUGGGCCGACGGCACGGACCAGGGCGAGUCGCUCGACAUCCUCAAAGAUUUGGACGAGCGCUAUCCGUCGGAGCCGCCGCUCUUCGACGAGCACUCGGCGGCCCUCAUCGGCGCGUUCAAAGAGAUCUUCCCGCGGAUGACGCGGCCAUCCUCGCGUGCUGCGUUCCUCUUCCGCAGCUCCGGCCAGCCCGUGGCGCGCCGCGAUUUCGAGGCGACGCUCGAGAAGACGGAUGCGUUACUUGGCGAGCGCGGCGGACCGUUCUUCGCCGGCGCGAGCCCCACCGCACCGGACGUGUGCUGGGCGCCCUUCCUAGAACGAUACGCGGCGCAGCUGCCGCUUUUGCACGACGGCCUAAGGCCGCGCGACACGACGCGCUAUCCUAAUCUGAGCCGCUGGUACGACGCGAUGGAGUCCACGACUGCGUGGAAAUCAUCGACGCGACGUCGUCCCCGUAACUGUGCAUCUGCUCGAUGGCGUGGGGAUUCUACGCCAUCGACGCGACGUCGUCCCCGUGGCUGCAGCAGCUCGAUGGCGUGGAGCUUCGAUAACCUAACUCACCGGUUGAUUUCCACACAGGUCUACGAUACCUGCAUAUGGCUGUCGGGUGCGCGGCAACGCGGCGUCCUGGGCCAAGGUCCUGUCGCAGACCGGGUUUGGGAACGGCGGGAGCGUGCCCGAGACGAAUCCCGACGACAGGACGGCGGCGAGCGAUGCCGCCGCCUCGGCACGCGGGGCCGAGACGUGGGCGGCGUACGCGGCCGAUCGGCCCUGGGUCGCGCCGAGCCCCGACGAGGAGGCGGCCGCGACCAUAUUAAGGCGAAGGGAUGCCAUUCGGGACGACGCGGUGCGCCGCGGAGUAGGUGACGCCGACACCAUCGAGGCCGGUCUGCGCGGCGUCGUCGCCGGGCUCAUAGAUGAAGCCCACGUACUCGCUCUAGACGAGGACGCGGCCACAAUGGCACGCGACCUCGACGAGCGGCUCUGUUGCCCGCGGGACCUCGGCGCGCCCGCGGCGGCGGCGAUCCGGCGGCUGGCAGCGUUGUAUGAGUAACUGUACUAGUAGUCUUCCCUGGCUCUUGGAGUG